AUGUUGCAAAAUUUGAAAAGCACAAAAGACAGCGACACGCCAGAACCUAGUCUUGAAUCGCCUCAUCGAAAGGCAUCGAAGACCAUUCUUCAAAUCGAACCUCUGCGCAAAAAUCGCUCUAGUAGUGAUAUCAUCUACGUAUUGGUUGUAAUAGGAUUUGCUCCGGCUUUCCAAUCGUCGCACAAGGACAUCCAAGACAAAGCAAAAGAAUUAAAACAAUUAGCUUACCUUUCUAAAGGACUUUACGCCAUCGCUGGUCUAUGGUCGGGUUGGAUUUUCUUACGCCUCACACGUGAAAUGGAAUCAGAAAAGAAAGUAGAAUUGGAUAGAAAUCUCUCUAUCUCUACCAAUCGAGGUUCAUCACCUGACCAUCCCUUCGAUCAAUUAUCCUCGUACCGAUUUCCCGUUAAUAAAGCUUCUGUCACACCACCAUAACAUUAAAUAAAUACUCAUGAUACACGCCUUAACUAUAUAAAACCUCCUAUAAUCAGAGUCUGAAACCUUUACCCUAACAAUUUUGUAAUAUGUCGAUAUGUAUGUUAUAUUAAAGAAUAAUGCACAGAUUACCCAACAUCGCAG